AGCAUCAUCCGCGUUUUUCUUCCUACCAGACCUACUCCGCUACACGAGUACCACUCUUAAGUAAUGGCCGGCUGCCGUUGCUGUUCCUCCCUUCCGCUUCUCGACGGCUCUUUCUCCCUCCCUUCCUCCCUCCCUCCCUCCCCUGAUGGACGAAUGUGCGAAUGAUGGCACUCGUGCUCCGAUUGACUACCCUGAGCUAUGUGGUAGCGCACGCUAAUGCCCGGCGGUUUCAGAUGGGUUCAAGUGCGGGGGACUGGGCUCCGGUGACACCUACCGUUCAAGUUUCGUCCACCUUGCGCCUUGACGAAUGGAUACCGAAGACGACUUCUGCGCCCGAAAGGCGGCCGUUCGAUUGGGAGCUACGGAGGAGAGAUGAUGCCAAGUCUGCAAUAUGUGGUUAUUCCGCGGAUAACCUCAACGGCCCAGCCAUCACUUGCGAGAGUGGGGAGUUCUGCAGGCUGAACAGCAUUCUUGGCAUCGUAGGUUGCUGUACAGAGACAAAUCCUCGUGGCUGCAUCGUGCCCACGACUUGUCUGGAAUCUUCAGCGUCAGCGCAAUGGUCUGGAGACCCCCUUACGACAUAUUGCAGCGACUCGGAUCGCCCGCAUUGUGUAACUCACUCUUAUGAGGCGAAUUUCUGGGAACCGCUGUAUGGCGCGUACUAUAUAGGAUGCGCCGCUAAGUCCGCCACUGGUGAUAUUGUGGCCAGUCUUGUAUCAGGGAGCGAUCCCACGACAUUAUCACAAUCUACUUUCACAACUACCGAUGGUGUCAUUACUACGACCGUCACCGUAAAUGUCCCUGGUGAGAAUGGAUCGCCCACAACGGCACCUGAUGGAACCACUGCAUCAGUGAAUACCGGCGCUAUCGCCGGCGGAGUAGUGGGCGGCGUCGCCGGUCUCGCCUUAAUUGCCGCUGCUAUUUUCUUCUUCUUAUAUCGACGGAAAAGGCGGCCAGAGAUUUCCAAUCCUCUUGGUCUGGGGCGGAAAAUGCCACCUAGCGAUAAAGAUAUGUAUCACCACAAUGACCCGAUACCAGGAUCGCAAUAUCCGUCAACUUUCUAUGGCGAGGCCCCUCCCGGUAUGGCUCAGACAUCGGACCAACCCAUAACAACAUACCCAUCAAAUGUUUACGGGGUGCAAGACCCGAUAUAUGACGAAGGAACUAACAACAGCGCCGAAGUGCCGGCGUACUUUGCUCCGCGAGGUGCCUCCUCUAAGCCCCGAGAUGAAGAUGUAUCACCACUUGAAGAGAGCCCUGUCAGUCCCGUCAGCCCUGCUGACAACUACAAUACUAUGGUAUCAGCGCUCUCCAAUCACUCACCACCUCUACAACCCCUCUCACCGGCUGUACACCACUACCAUCAUCACCAGCAAUCCGAAUACGCUCAGUUCAGUCCGCCAGCGCCAGCGCAAUACCAAUCAUACCGGCCAUAUCCAGGAACAUGACAUCGGGAGGGUAUUUAAUGGCAUUAUUUUCGGAGGUAUUUUGAGUCGAUCAUUUUAUGUAUUUUUGUAUAUAUCGUGCGUUCUUGGCUCCGGGAGUUAGGGCGUCGGAGUUUAAGCGUAUGAUACCUAAGGGUGAACUGCAUUCAAGGAGGAAACUACAGAUUGGAAUGGCCGCCGCACACAUUCUACUAACUACAUAUAUAAGGAUUGAGAAUAUACCCGCUUCUCUCUCCCUUGCCUGAGAGAAAAUAUAGUUAAAGACGGUUAAUGGCUGUAGAGACGGUCCACUCUGAAAUGAAGGGUGGAUUUACCUACCACUGCUCUAGCAAUUAUCUCCAUUGCUAGAAAAACUGUAAAGUAAACUGUAGACGUAAAUAUGCCACGGCCUGUCUAGAUUUUUUUUUUCUCUGCUAUAAAUUGCUGUGUAAGUAGGCGACUAUAUAUUUGAAAGGAAUCUAGAAGUCACAGAAAUGAGUGAUAGCUUGAUAAGGUCCCGAACCCCCACCUCUUUAGAUAGCCCAUCAGAUGCUAGCC